AUGGAAGGCCGUUGGAUAGGAAACCCCCCUGGGGGUUUCUAUCGUUCAUCACACCACCAUAAGCAGCAGCAGCAGCAGCAGCAUCAGCAGCACCAGCAGCAUCAGCAGCACCAGCAGCACCAGCAGCACCAGCAGCACCAGCAGCAUCAGCAGCAGCAGCACCAUCAUCACCAUCAGCAGCAGCAGCAGCAACAUCCGCACCAGAGCAGCAAAGGUCGUGAUGGUCCAAUAGAGAAUAAAUCUUCAUCAUCUUCAUUUGCUGCUGCAGCAGGAGGAGGAAGAUCAGCAGGGCAGCUGCAGCAAGGUUCUCCUCGUGGUCUUGCUGCUCCUAGAUCGUCACGCAUCAAGCCCUCAACCAUCAGCAGCAGCAGCAGCAGCAGCAGCAGCAGUAGCAGUAAUGACUCUACCAGCACCACGACGACUACUACUACAAGCAGCAGCAAACAUCAGCACCAGCAGCAUCAGCAGCAGCAGCAGCAGCAGCAGCAGCAGCAGCAGCAGCUACCUAUACAGACAGAGGAAGAAUUUUUACGUGGCUGCGGAUUUCAGGCAAUUUGGAGCGAAAGCUUCGAAGUAACAGCAUUACUUGCUGCUGCUGCUAAAUUCUCUAGUAUAAAAUAG